AUCCAGUAAAAAUAAAAAGAAAAAAGAAAACGUUUAAUAGCUUUCUCCUUUCAUAUUACCGGAGAGUCGAGGGCACUCAUUUUUGCCUACUUUCGAAGAUGGCUGUCGCUAAUCUGCAGAGAUUCGCUUCCCGUAUCGCACGAAACCCUUCAAUUUUCUCAAUAACCCGAUCUUCCGUUUCCGGGUCCUCAUCUCCAACCCGCACCGGAUCCGCCAAAGUUUCUGAUCGGAUUGUUAAGCUUUUCGCCGUUGACCCUGAAGGUCAUAAACGUGAAAUCAUCGGACUUUCGGGUCAAACUCUUCUCAAAGCCCUAACUAAUCACGGGUUAAUCGACCCGGAUUCACAUCGCCUUGAAGAUAUCGACGCGUGUUCCUCUGAGUGUGAGGUGCAUAUUGCUCAGGAAUGGCUUGAGAAGCUUCCAGAAGCUACUUAUGAUGAACAGUAUGUGUUGAAGAGGAAUUCUAGGGCUAGGGUUUUGAACAAGCAUUCAAGGUUGGGUUGUCAGGUGGUGAUUUCACCGGAGCUUCAAGGAAUGGUUGUUGCAAUUCCUGAGGCUAAGCCAUGGGAUAUCCCGUAAAAAGGUGAAAUGAAUUGUUUUUCCUAAGUUUGUGAUUUGGAAUUUUAGUGUUUUGAGUUAAUAAUAUGUGGAACUUGAUAGGCAAUUUGCGUUACAAUUGUCUGAAAGUUGAUGACUUUGUUGUUUUAAAUGAAUAUUUUCCCAAUUCCUGUA